CAGAGCAUCGGUUUUCCUGUAAAUUUUGCCGUGCGAUGGCAAUUGCUUAACCGGAAGAAUCGGAUUUCGGUCGACAAAACUUUGCUGAAUUGUGUUUUUACUGAUCCAGCAUGAGACAGUACUAAUCAGUGCAGUGCAAUAAUUUUCUCCAUGGUCUAUUUUGCCACAACAGCUAACAUUACUUUUGUUCAAUUUGAUUAUGCAAUAUUGAAGUUUGGAACCAACCGUACUAAAAAUUGCAAUUUACAGUGAAAAGUUAUCCGCGUUAUAAGUUUCAUUCUGGAAGAUUAUGCUGCAAUCUAAAUAGUAAUUUGUGCCAUCUAAUACGAUUUGUAAGUGUUUACAUUGUUCGUGUUCUAUGUUGUCACAGAAGGAGGUGUCCUAGUGUAAAAUUCGAUACAAGUGAGAACAGAUUCCUCGGUGAUAUGAAGAUGUUGGUAACAUUUGGCAAGGAAGAACCGAACCAGCUAGUCAGACCUCAGAUUACCAUCCCUAUUUUAUCUACCAGGAAGCCUUAAAUAACCCUAGAGUUUCAUCUUACACCGUAUACCAAAACAAACCAACAAACCACCAUAUAAUCCAAACCAUAUCACCUUAGUAAUUGAUUCGUACUAAUAAUAAUCAACCGAUACAGGGUUCCAAAAGUAAUAUACCUAUAAUUGAGUUGUAUUGCAACAACGAAUUUUGACUAUAAGUUUGCGAUAAAACCCUAAAAACCAUAACCACAGCAUGGCCACCAGGUUAGCGACACAGCGAAGCUUCAUAACGGUGACACCGAUCGCUAGUUCACCGGCAGCGACAACUCCCGCGGCAACCUCACCGGUUCAGGUUUCCGCCGCUGCCGUUGGAGCGCUACAGGAACCGGACACCUCCUCGGAAGGUGUGGUUUCAUCCCCCGCUGCCCCAGUUCCAACUACGGGCGCGAUUACGGUUUCGCCCAGUACAGCUAACGGGUCAAGUACGCUCAAAAAUGGUUCCGGCAAAAUGGUUGCAAUCGCUGCCAGUGCUACCGCGGCAGCCAAUCAACCGGCAGCCGCUCCGGUCAUACCGACCAGUCUAAUAGCAAGUAAUCUAAAUUUGGCCAAUCUUCUAGGCACGCAGAAUGGAGCACUGACGUUGCAGCAGAUCAUCCAACAGAAAAAGAUCGUCAUCCAUCCGAACGGAACAGUCAUCGACAUUGUACCGAUUGAAGACUCCGAAUCGCCAACAGAAGAUAGCAAAAUUGGCCUUCAACUGACCGCCUCUGACGGUGAAUCCGGUGCGACCACUGCAAAUGGCAACGGUCAACAGCAUGUCACAGCACAGGUUGCUGUCGUUCAAGCUCAAAGCCCAAACGAUGGAGCACCGCAGUAUAUCACAGUGACGGUAUCUUCGCCGGAAAAUGUUCAAAAUCACCAGGCCUAUGUGCAAUAUGUUGAUUCUGAUAUGUACACAGCAAGCAGUCAAAAUCAAACCCAAAUGGCCUAUCCAGUGUAUGCCGUCGGUGAUUACAGCGCUGGAGCUGGGCAGCAAUACUACGGCGGUGCUAGCGGUGGGACCGGCGGCGGUGGUGGCAGUGCAGGAGGCAACGCUGCUGCCACAGGAAACGCCAAUUACAGUGCCUCUUCCGGUGGUAACAGCUCACAUUCAUCGGGAGGCGGUAGCGCCGGAAAUGGUACGGCCAAUAAUGGCAACGCUGCUGCCGGUACCGGGGGCACCGGCAACAACCAGCAGUUUAUUGUUCCGGUAGACGAAGCCACUCUGCUGGGAACCGCAACGGCCAAUGGAACGCACCACCGCGAAUCGCCGCAAACCAUGACGGUCGCUUGGUUGGUGGAGAACUACGAGAACGCUGAAGGUGUUAGCCUUCCGAGGUCUACGCUGUACAACCAUUACAUGCGACAUUGCAACGAAAACAAACUGGACGCAGUCAAUGCUGCUAGCUUUGGAAAGCUGAUUCGUUCGGUUUUCACGGGAUUGAGAACGCGUCGUUUGGGUACGCGGGGUAACAGCAAGUAUCAUUACUACGGAAUUAGGAUCAAACCCGGAUCGGCUUUGAAUAACGCGAUGGAUGACGGCAAACACAUCAAUACUAGUCACAUGAAUAAUAACAAUAAUAGUCACAUUCAUAAUCAUAAUGCCAUUGGUGGUGGGCCCAAUGGUAGUGGGGGUGGUGCAGGUGGCAUGGGUGGUAGCCAUGCCAUGAAUCAUCGUGGUUCUAAGAAGGGCAUCAUGAAAAACGAAAUUCCAGAAUCGUGCGCGCAGUACCUGGGCGAUGCCAGCGGUGCCAUUCCACAGUUUCCGGUGAUUGACAUGAGUCACCCGUUUCCGGAAGAAAUCACCCUGGAGGAUGUGGAUACGAUGCGAUCCAUCUAUCGCGAACAUUGUGAAGCUUUUCUAGAUGCGAUUUUGAGCUUGGAUUUCAACACUAUCGAAUCACUGUGGCGUGAAUUUUGGCGAGCCGAAAACAACAACAACGGUGACGAAUGCGAGGAGGAAAAAUAUCUCAGCAAAUCAAAACUGUACGUGCUGACACAAUGCGAAGCGGUUCAGGACUUCAUCAAACAGAUCGAUUUUAUGUUCUACCAAAACAUGGUCGAAGUGCUUAUACCGGAUGUGCUGCGUCCUAUUCCGACCGGCCUAACGCAAGCGAUUCGAAACUUUGCCAAAAAUUUGGAAAACUGGCUAUCGUCGGCGAUGAGUGGCUGCCCGGAGCAGAUUGUAACCAUCAAGCUCUCGGCGGUAGCCGCAUUUGGACAGACGCUUCGCCGUUAUACUUCCUUGAACCACCUGGCACAGGCUGCGCGGGCCGUGCUGCAAAACAGUACUCAAAUUGCUCAGAUGCUAAAUGAUCUCAAUCGGGUCGAUUUCCGAAACGUACAGGAGCAGGCCUCCUGGAUUUGCCAAUGUGAUACGGCAACCGUUCAGCGCUUGGAGAACGAUUUCAAAGCUGCCCUGCAGCAGCAGAACACUCUCGAGCAGUGGGCCGGUUGGCUGCGAGCCGUAGUGGACGAUGCCCUGGAGGAGUACCGGGGAAAGCCGACGUUCGUGAACGCGGCACGGCAGUUUCUGCUGAAGUGGAGCUUCUACAGCUCGAUGGUGAUUCGCGAUCUGACGCUUCGAUCGGCCGGCAGCUUCGGCAGCUUUCACCUGAUCCGGCUGCUGUACGAUGAGUACAUGUUCUUCAUCAUCGAACACAAGGUAGCGGAGGCAACGCAGACCACGCCGAUUGCCGUCAUGGGCGAGAAAGAUCAUGGCCGCCAGCAAAACACGCACGCGAUUCAGCAACAGCACUCCAACCAACCGCAGCCAGAGGAUUUAACCAGCAUGCUGUACACGUCCGAUUUUGAGGUGGUCAACGUAAAAAUGGAACCGAACGCCAAACGUAUGCGCAGUUAGUCAAUUUUCUCCUACCAUUAUGAUACUGCCAACAGCCAGCAGUACCGUUGGUCCCAACAACAAUUACCACAACAGGAACACCAGCAGCAGCAGCAACAUCAACGGUUCCUGCCGCAUCAUGGCUCAACACCAAAUACCCACAGUAAUACAUGGUACUUGACGCCAUCGUCGUCUUCGUCUCCUGCUUCGACCUACAGCGGUGGAAGUGGCGGAGCCAGUGGAGACGCGGAAUUGAGUAACACAAUUGUCUCUUUCACCGGCGGUCAAUGAUUAGGUCUGAUUUGAUGGUAGAAUUAACCGUUACUCUUGUUUUGUCUAGUGUGAUUCUUUACUUUGGUUUUAACUCGUUAGGGAACUUCAAAACUUUUCAUUUUUCUUUCUAUGUUAGGUACUAAGUUGCGAUUUAUUUCGUUCGUCACAAAUAUUUAUUUAUUUCAAGUUGAUUUUGCACCAAUAUGCUAAAUUGUAAAUAGCUCAGCUGCUGGAAGAGAGAGAUUUUAUUUAUUCAAGUACUUGGCAGCCACAUGCAUGUGCUCAAGAGAACAAAAGAAAAAAAAACUAUUCCUAAAAUUUAACGAAACUAAAACAAAGUCUAUUUUCAACGUUUUAAUCUACUCUAAUACUAGAUAUCUACAACCAAACUUGAACUUUUCGUGAAAUCUUGUAAGCUUGGAGUUAGUUACUCCAAAUAAACUAAUAUAUAGUCUAAGUUAUGAUUUACUAUGCUAAUAAUCAAAAAAAUACUGUACACCUAACCUAGUAAACUCGAGCCAUUUUCACUCGCAAAUAUUUAACCGUUCGUUAACGGUACGUGGAUUGCGUUCGCGAAACGAAGAUGUAACGAAAAAGGAUGGACAGAAUUUUUCAUCUGAUAGUAUGUAAAACAAAGAAUAUAUAAUCAAAAUCGCACCGUAAAAGGGAGAGAUUAUUUUUGUGAGAUUUUCUGUUUAAUUAUUAUAACGUAAACACGUUUUUGUUGGGGCACAAUGCGGCGCCAACCGAACACAAGCAGCGAGAAGAAGAAGAAGAAAAGACUAGUGUGUUUAACCUGAGAAUCCAUUAUUAGAUGUAGGCUCUUGUGGUUCUUUUGUACGGCGGUUUUUCGAAAAACGAAAUGCUCUAAAUGGGCAUCGGUUGAAGUGUGCGCAACAGCGAUGGUUGCAUCGAAUGGCGGCUAACGUCUAAUGUACCGCAUUAAGAAUUAGAAAAAUUGGUUGUGAAUUAUAAUUCGAAUAGAAAAUAGA